AUGCUGAAGUCCUUGGAAUGUUUUGUACGAGAAAAAAGAGAUUGCUUCCAUGUUUAUGAGAAGAAGGGAAGGGAAAUGUCAGAAACUGGGGACUAUUCACAGACACGCAAGCGUCAACGUAAUGUACGACUCAAUCCAAUGGAUUAUGGACGAUCAGAAGAAGCAGCCCUCUCACAGUCAGAAAAAUUUCGGGUUCAGAAUUUCCUUCCAGCAAUUGAUCAGUUCCUGAGUACACUGGAUCAACGGUUAAAGGCCUAUGAGGAAACUUGUUCAAUUUUCGGGUUCUUGUCUAAACUGGAGUCAAUGAAUUGUGACGAAAUUGAAGCAGCUGCAGCAAAAUUGGUUGCUGAGUACAAAAAUGAUUUGGAUCAAACACUUGGAGUUGAACUUGUGCAGUUUACAGCAUUCUUCACUCAAUUUCUUGAAGACGAAGAUGAUGAGAAAGGGAGGGCACAUUACCUUUACAAGCUGUUGAUAGACAGGAAAGUUGUAGAUACAUUUCCAAAUGUUGAAAUAAUGCUACGGAUGUACUUGGUGCUCAUGGUCACAAAUUGUUCUGGAGAACGUUCUUUCAGUAAAAUGAAGUUUAUUAAAAACAGACUUCGCACUACAAUGUGUCAAGAUAGGCUCAGCCACCUGGCUUUGAUGUGUAUCGAAUAUGACAUCCUCAGAGAGAUUGACUUCUAA